CGUGGUUGCUCUAAGUAAUUUCCACUUGGUGUUGUUGACAUUUCUCUUUUGACUAGUAUUUCUUCCCUUUGCAUCUUCCCUCCCAUUCCAUCAUCCCAUCUCCCUUCGCGUGCAUUUCAUACGUGAACACCAACUUAUUUACAUAUACGCUACUCCAUCUCACAUUUGACCUCUGCAAAAAAACCACCCACCAUGAAGUUGGCUCUGGGUACGGCCUUGGGCCUGCUCUGCUCGUCUGUGCUGGUCACAGCCCAAACUUACACCGACUGCAACCCUCUUAAGAAGACUUGCCCUGCAGACACUGCCCUCGGAAAAGCCGAUCAGACAUUCGACUUUACCUCCGGUUCAUCCUCCCAAUUCGCUGUCUCGGGGGCCGUCACCUACGAUAGCACCAACGGAGCCGCCUUUACAAUCUCUAAGAAAGGCGAUGGACCGUUGAUUCAAUCGGGCUGGUACAUUAUGUUCGGCAAGGUUGAAUUCACCAUCAAGGCUGCCUCUGGAACUGGUAUUGUCAGCAGUGCCGUGCUACAGUCGGACGACUUGGACGAGAUCGACUGGGAAUGGCUGGGUGGCAACAAUGCUCAGGUUCAGACCAACUAUUUCGGCAAAGGAGACACCAGCAGCUACAACCGUGGCGCUUAUCAUGCCAACGCUGGGAAUCACGAUGGGUUCCACACUUACUCGGUCGACUGGACAAGCUCUCAGAUUGUGUGGGCUAUCGACGGCGAGACGGUCCGCGUUCUAACCCCUGCCACUGCCGACACCAACCAGUAUCCCCAGACUCCAAUGAUGAUCAAGGUCGGUGUGUGGGCCGGUGGUGACUCGGACAAUGCCCAGGGAACGAUUGAUUGGGCUGGCGGCUUGACCGACUACAGCAAGGGUCCUUUUACGAUGUACCUCAAGUCGAUGAAAGUGACCGAUUACUCGACCGGAAACUCCUACAGCUAUGGCGAUCAGUCGGGCUCAUGGGAGUCAAUCGUCUCCAAUGGAGGCAAGGUCAAUGGCAACAGUGCGGACGAGCCGACCUCCACCCAGUCGGCACCGCUCAUCACCGCAACGGUAGACAGUGUCCCUGUUCCAUGGAGUGGAACCCAUCGUGAAACCUCGAGUUUCGUCACCCCUAAUGUCUGGCCCUGGGUUGCUACAGGCUCGCCGACGUCCACUGGCCUUCCCAGUGGCUGGGAGUCUAGCUCGGGGCAGAUCCAGGCUCCUGGCGGGGGUUCAUCUACCUCCCAAUUUACCUCACUACCCUUGGUUUCCUCGUCGGUUGCCUUUUCCCCCUCUGGGCCUAAGUCGUCUUCCAGACUUGUUACUCGGCCUGCAACGACCUCAACGAGUACCACCAAGAACCGGCACCAACACACUGAAUAUCUGCAAACCGACGACCCAACCACGACCGAGGUGCCAUCGGUCAAGGCUACUUCUUCGCCUACUAGUGCCCCUUUGGUUGGCGGAGGAAUCAGCCGGUACCGGGUUCCGACUGCACUGAGCAUGAGCCUCGUCUGUGUGCUGCUCGGUGGCGUCUUUGCUUUCCUCUGAAAAGAGAGUCUUUUUUUUUUUUUUUUUUCAUGGCAUUGUCGAACUGUAUGAUUAUUGAUGAUGGGAUGAACUCGACACGGCGUUAACGACAUACAUUUUACCCGACCUCCAGCGAACCAUUUCGCUGCAUGCACAAUGAUUUUUUUUUGGGCUCAUCAUGAUAGAGGGAUGCUGCAUAUUGGCGCUUGUGACCCCUUGAGCUGUUUUGCUUCCUUGUUUAUGAUUAUUGUUCUGAUGUUUACAUACCGAAACGGUGAUGAAUGUUCCUCCCCAGUGGUGCGAUUAGCUUUACCCACUCUUAUGUAUUAACCCUUUCUUGGCGGUGUUGAUAGAUUUUUAUGAAUCACACAGGCCUGAUACAGAGAUGUAAAUCUCGGUUCAGUCUUUUUACAC